GCUGGUCAUCAAACAUCUGCUGAGUCUUGGGGUACUGGUCGUGCUGUAGCACGUAUCCCUCGUGUAUCUGGAGGCGGAACACAUCGUGCUGGUCAGGGAGCUUUUGGUAAUAUGUGUCGUGGAGGACGUAUGUUUUCACCUACAAAAACUUGGCGUAAGUGGCAUGUUAAAACCAAUUUAAAUCAAAAAAGAUAUGCCAUCGCAUCAUCGUUAGCAGCAUCAUCGGUUCCGGCUUUAGUUUUAGCACGUGGACAUAGAAUUGAAGAGAUUCAAGAAGUUCCAUUGGUGAUAGGUGAUGGUAUUGAAUCAUUGGAGAAGACAAAAGCAGCAGUCCAAUUGCUUAAAGCAGUUAAUGCUUAUCGAGAUAUUACUAAAGUAUCCAAUUCUCGUAAAUUGAGGGCUGGCAAGGGGAAAAUGCGUAAUAGGCGUCACAGACAACGUAGAGGACCUCUUAUUGUUUAUAAUACUGAUAAUGGAAUUGUUAAGGCAUUUCGUAAUAUUCCUGGCGUUGAAGUAGUUAAUGUUAGAAGUUUGAAUUUAUUACAGUUAGCACCAGGUGGUCAUUUGGGUAGAUUUAUUAUCUGGUCUCGAAGUGCUUUUGCUUUGUUGGAUUGUUUGUUUGGCACCUAUAGAAGAUCUUCUUCUAUGAAGAAGGAUUAUCGGCCAGCAAGAGAGAAACACACAAAACGACCAUAUACACAAAAGAAGAAUCCAUUACGUAACAAUGGUGUCAUGAUUCGUCUUAAUCCUUAUGCUAAAAUAUUGAAAAGAGGUGAAAUUAUACGUGCUGAAAAAUUGAAAUCUGGUAAAAUCCAAAAGAGUAAACGUCAAGCAAAGGCUACACGUAUCCCUCGUGUAUCUGGAGGCGGAACACAUCGUGCUGGUCAGGGAGCUUUUGGUAAUAUGUGUCGUGGAGGACGUAUGUUUUCACCUACAAAAACUUGGCGUAAGUGGCAUGUUAAAACCAAUUUAAAUCAAAAAAGAUAUGCCAUCGCAUCAUCGUUAGCAGCAUCAUCGGUUCCGGCUUUAGUUUUAGCACGUGGACAUAGAAUUGAAGAGAUUCAAGAAGUUCCAUUGGUGAUAGGUGAUGGUAUUGAAUCAUUGGAGAAGACAAAAGCAGCAGUCCAAUUGCUUAAAGCAGUUAAUGCUUAUCGAGAUAUUACUAAAGUAUCCAAUUCUCGUAAAUUGAGGGCUGGCAAGGGGAAAAUGCGUAAUAGGCGUCACAGACAACGUAGAGGACCUCUUAUUGUUUAUAAUACUGAUAAUGGAAUUGUUAAGGCAUUUCGUAAUAUUCCUGGCGUUGAAGUAGUUAAUGUUAGAAGUUUGAAUUUAUUACAGUUAGCACCAGGUGGUCAUUUGGGUAGAUUUAUUAUCUGGUCUCGAAGUGCUUUUGCUUUGUUGGAUUGUUUGUUUGGCACCUAUAGAAGAUCUUCUUCUAUGAAGAAGGAUUAUCGUCUACCAUCACAUAUCAUAUCCAAUUCUGAUGUAACACGUCUCAUCAACUCUAAUGAAAUCCAAUCAAUCCUAAGACCAGCAAGAGAGAAACACACAAAACGACCAUAUACACAAAAGAAGAAUCCAUUACGUAACAAUGGUGUCAUGAUUCGUCUUAAUCCUUAUGCUAAAAUAUUGAAAAGAGGUGAAAUCAUACGUGCUGAAAAAUUGAAAUCUGGUAAAAUCCAAAAGAGUAAACGUCAAGCAAAGGCUAGUACCAAGGCAUCAGAAAA